AUGGCGGAAUAUGCAGAGGAUGAUGCGGUCCCUAGCGGCUGGCGUACACGUCAACCAGGCUUUACCAUCUGGGCCCUGCUAUCCAUCGUGCGAGUCUCAUUUGUCGGUUUCUGCUACAGCAUCUACUACAUCCCGGCCUCAUUACGUCAGAGCCCAGCGUGGUCAUAUCGCCAAGCAUUACGAUCGCGAAUCUUGAAAGUGGCUUUUGGCGUUAUUACCGAGCUCGGUUUUACACAGUCUCUCAGCAUGGAGGCAGGGGAGCUCGGGGAUCGGUGGGUUAUCAUAGAGCCAGCCUCGGAGGAAUCAUAUCCUGGUGCCUUCAUGAAUCAGACCGUUAAGCCGGAGAGAAUUGGCGGCACCUGGUACCCCGACGCCCCGCCUGAGAAAGCCGAUCCUGAUGACCAAAGUUUGAUCGUGUUGUCAUUUCACUCAGGCUCUUUUCUCUGGUUGGAUGGUCGGCCAGAUGAUUCCGGCGAGACUGCAACCAUGCUUAACAGCAAGCUAGGUCCCGGCACACGAUCGUUCUGGGUACAAUACCGUCUUGCCGGUGGGAAAAAUCCAACCCCGUACCCAGGGCCUAUGCAAGACGCCGUGACAGCGUACUUCUACCUUGUGAAAAACCUUGAAAUCUCUGCAUCUCGAAUUGUUCUCGCUGGUGACUCUUCGGGUGCAACUAUUGCAGUGGCCCUCCUGCGCUAUCUCGUCUCCCAAGAUUACCUCGAUCUCAAGCCCACCGACCAGGCACAUCCUAAAGCAUGUCUUUUGUUUUCACCUUCGGUCGAAUACAGCUUCGAAGGGGACUCACAAGCCUUCCACAAUCAUAGGAAUCAGAAGACCGAUUAUUGCGAUGGCCACAUGGCUGCCUGGGGUGCUCGAGCAUUUGCGCCCCCGGAGACCGUCCGAUUAGAUGACCCGUAUCUUUCGCCAGCGCUCCACCCAUUCGCGACUCCAGUCCCUAUUUUCGCUCAAGCAGGGGGUGCUGAAGUGCUCUGUGACAGCGUCAAAAAGUUCACGGAUGCGAUGCGUGCUAUUCCAAGCAAUCGAAUCGAGUUUUUAGAGACACCAGGUGCACCGCAUGACAUUUAUGUUACUGGGAAACUCCUCGGGUGGCCGAAGGAACAAGAGGAGAUGAUUGAUUCCGCCGUCAGCUUCGCUCUGUGA